GGAACUCGCACUUUAAUACCACUCAUUCACUCUGUGCCUGCCUGUACUUGAGCACACAUGCUGCGCGCAAAUCAUGAGCCAGUUUGCGACGAGGCCAGAUCGGCCACUCCCAUACUCGGAUGAGUUCUCCUCGGCAGACGAGUACGUGGAAGGCCUGUUGCACUUCGCUGCCCACUCGGACCUGUUCCGUUUUCUCUGCGGCGGCGUCCACAUUCUCGAUUUCUUCACCACCGAGCCUGGCCUAUUUGCCGCAGCUGUGCCCAAGGACUGGCAGGACUACCUGCUGCAAACAAAACCAAUCGACCUGUUGGACUUUUUGAUGAGAGAUGACCUGUCUUCGAUAGCCCCUGUUCCGGGAUCUCUCACCCCACCCGAGUCGCUUGUUCGGUAUGUGAAGGACGUCAGAAGGUUCUCUCUGCAGCGGUCGUUCCGCCCCAGCAGGCCGAAGCUGCCAGUUCUCCCGAGGCAUGUAGCGCUCGGGAUGAAGACCAAGAAGAUCCACGAGGUCACGCACUUUGCCGGCUACAUCGACAGGCUGGCCGAGGAUGUUGCGCGGGUAACUGGCGCCGAGUUCACUCACUUUGUAGACUUUGGCAGCGGGCAAAACUACCUCGGACGGACGCUUGCGAGUCCGCCUUACAACAAGCAUAUCGUUGCCGUGGAGAGCAAGGAGGCCAACAUGGCCGGUGCCAAGGACCUGGACAUCCUGUCGGGGCUGGCCGAGAGGGAGAAGCGGGUGCGCAACAAGAAGCUCUACCACCGAGUCCGCGAGACCGUCGACCCGUCGCUGCUCAAGGACGAGGAGGCGCUGAAGCGCGCGGCAAAGGAGCUCGGUGCACCGGAUGAGGAUAUCAACACCAUUGACCUCAGAUCUAGAAAGGAGCUACAAGCAACGUACACCACCGAGGAGGGCAAAGGUACUAUCCAGUACGUCGUCGGCCGCCUGGAACAUGCCGACCUGACCGACGUGCUCUCCCAACUGCGCGGUCGGGAGAAUGGGGUCCGGCAGGAAGACCUCCGUAUGAUGGCCAUCUCGAUCCAUUCUUGCGGUAACCUGUCACACUACGGCAUCCGUUCCAUGAUCAUGAACCCCUGCAUUCGGGCCGUUGCCAUUGUUGGCUGCUGCUACAAUCUCCUCACCGAGAAGCUGGGUCCGCCAACGUUCAAGCCCCCGUUCAGCCGGCCGACCCUGCAGCCCCUCAAUGCACGGGUUGUUCGGGAGUCGGAGAGAAGGGACCCUCAAGGGUACCCGAUGAGCGAGCGGGUAUCGACUUAUGGAGGUGACGGCAUCCGGCUCAACAUCACCGCCCGCAUGAUGGCAUGCCAGGCGCCGCAAAACUGGACCGACCAAGAGAGCGAUGCCUUCUUCACGCGCCACUUCUACCGUGCCGUCCUGCAGAAGAUCUUCCUUGACAGGGGAGUCAUCUCCAGGGUCUUUCAUGGUGAAGAGACCGAUACAGAGAGCCCCUUUAACUCGAGCACAAACCCCGUGGUCAUCGGCUCGUUGCGCAAACAGUGCUAUACCUCCUUUACGGCCUAUGUGCGGGGAGCGAUUGCCAAGUUGACAACCAACCCGGAUUUCAGCCAAUACAGCCAGACCAUCGAGGAGAAGAUGGGCAAUAUCACUGACGAGGAGAUCGCACAGUACGAGGAGGCGUUCCGCGACCGGAAGCGGGAGCUGAGCGCGGUCUGGAGCCUGAUGGCCUUCAGCGCUUGCGUCGUGGAGUCGCUCAUUGUGAUAGACCGCUGGUUGUUCCUCCGUGAACACUCCGAUAUCGUCCGCGACUGCUGGGUCGAGACCGUCUUCGACUACCGCGAGAGCCCUCGGAAUCUGGUUGUCGUCGGUAUCAAAAAAUAACACAAGAACAAGGGAUUAGAUGCGAUCGGAAGUUGCACCGACCCCCCUUGCUUUUUUUCAGUCGGAUAGUGGCGGCAAGUGGCGGCAGACCCCCUUUUUCCAAUGGCCGAGGCAGCCCUCAUCAGCUUCCACAACAGCGCCGCGCCCGUCACACACAACUUAGCACCGCGCGAUGGCGGCUCCUUAUGUCGAGCACCUUCUGCAACCUAGUACGGCCUCCGG